AUGCAUCUAAGCAGGUUUGGACUGCUGGCCCUCGCGGCAGCUGCAGCUGAUGCCUUCCGCGAUACUUCGCCAUUCUUUAUGGCCUCAACUUCCGAGUUGUUGACCAACUCCGCCUAUAUCAAGACCAGCGCUUCGCUACUCGAUGAUUUGACCUCUUCUCUGAGCACCUGCCCGUCGGAUUACUAUGUCGUCGUCCACCAACCCGGUGUCCACAGCUCCGAUUUCUCGACUCGCAAGUCGGCACCCCGCCUUGGCGCGAAGAUGAUGGGCAAGGACAAGUCCAUUCGGUCGCAGAUGAGCGUUAAUGAAGUCGCGGGAUUAUUGGAUGGAGGCCAUAUCAAGAGCCUUCUUCAGGAGAAGUGCAAGGCGGAGACUACUGCCAUCGAUGGUUCUUCUGGAGAGUAUCCCUCCUACUUUGAUUCGGCUCCUCGUGUUAUUGACAUCGAAUUCCCCAUGCUCAGCUUGGGCUCGGAUCGUGCCAGCCAGCUGUCCGAUAAUGAUGGCCUCAUCUCCGAUAUCAUUGACCGUCUUCCCCCCAAGUCCAAGUAUACUCUCCUCUACGUUACCUCGCCUCGCGAGUUCCCCGAGUCCGACUCCGUGAUCUACGAGUCCGAUGGAGCUGGUUCUAGCUACCAGGAUCCCGUCCACAUGGACCUCAAGCGCGACUACUCCUCCUACAACUCCGAUUCCAGUGAUUCCGGCUCAGACCGCCGGUUAUCUCUGUUUGAUGAGUACCAAUUCUUCACUCCCGGUAUCUUCAUGGGUCUGAUUGCAACCUUCCUCUUUGUCACCAUUUUGUAUAUCGGUGUCAAUGCUCUGAGUAGCCUUCAAGUUCCCUACGCUGCGUUUGAGAAGGACACCUCCGCUGCUGCGAAGAAGCAGUAG